AUGAGGUUUAACAUAAACAUCACAGGUGAAUUUGACAAUAUCAAGGGUCUGAGAGUAGCUCAGCGGUAUUACAUAGACAUUCGAUGUGGUGCCUGCAAUACUCUCCAUCCAAAGACCAUUUUCAUAGCCGAGGAAAAUUGGAGAACCAUGAAAAUAAGGGAGCUUGCUAGAAGAGAGGAAACUUUCAACGUUGUCGUACAGUGCAGAAACUGUGACAAUAUGAUGGGCAUCGUAAUCCUGGAACCUGAGAAUCAGUUUGAAUUUGAGGAAGAUUUCUAUCUAUCACCGGUUAUUAAUGAUAAAUGCCAUGUUUCAACUAUCCUAUCCGACAGGGCGGUGGUGACAAAUGUGGAUGGGCUGAUUUUGGAUGCAGUGAGCAAGCAAGAAGAGAUCUUUAGAAACUGCUCUUUCGACAAAAGAACACUCGCAGAAGACGACAACAAGGGCCGCACUAUUGACAUUCUCAAGUUUGAUAUCGAAGUUGAGCAAGUUCAAUAA